UGACCCAGACAACGAGGACCUCUACGACAUAGACGACCAGUUCCUGAUCGGGGGCCACGUCAUGGUGACCCCCCUGCUGGAGCGGGGGGCCAGCACGGCCACGCCGCUGUUCCCCGGCCCGCACGACUGGCACCACAUCCGCACCGGCACCAGUAUAGGGCACGGGAGGAAGGCCGUCGUGGAUGAGGACCACACGGUCACUGUCAGGGGCGGCGCCAUAAUCCCGCUGCAAGAACCGCCGGCGCGCGGGCCGGUGACCACGACUGCGGCGCGUAGUGGGCCCCUACAACUUUUAGCGGCGCCCGACCGCGCGCGACAAGCCGAGGGACAGCUCUACUGGGACGACGGGGAUAGCCUCAACAGCUACGAUGAGAAGAAAUUCAGCCACAUCAAAUUCACACUCAACCGGAACAUCCUCAGCAGCAGAGUCGUCUGGUGGGGCUACGGCGUUCCCUCCAUCAAUAACAUCACUAUCUUCAAUCAGCCCACUGUGGUAUCAGUCACUGUCAAGGGAGCCUCGGCCCACUUCGAGUAUUUAGAAAAAACGAAAGUCCUCCAAAUAUACAACAUCAACCUGUCCCUAGACAACCCCUUCGAGGUCCAGUGGCUUUACAAGGCCAAACAAAACAAAGCCAUCAGCAUCAACAGUCCCUAUGUACCGAAAAGCGGGUAAUAAAUACUAUAUCUUAAUAUGGAAAUGAUGUCAUUGUCCUGAGAGGAUCGGCAGACCAAAGUCUUGUUGGAAAAACUAAACUAAAUUGUAACUGAACAUCAAAUGUUCGAGCAGUUGUUUGAUUAGUAGUGUAUGAAGAAAGAGUACAAUAGCAUGAUAGUUGUCUGUUAUCAGUGUUAUAGCAACGGAGAAAGUUCAAAGAUUCGAUAGUGAGAAAUGAAUGUUUGCCAAUUAAAUUAAGUACAGAAAUAUCUUAAAUGUUUGUUCAAGUAUCUAGUCAUAAGGUAUUUUUACUUAUGAAAUAUGUAAUUAUGUUUACUGAUUACAUUUAUUAUUAUUAAUUUACACUGUUUCUGAUACAUUUUUGAAAUCCUAUAGUGAUGAAAUAUUAUAAUAUUUAUAUAAAUAUCCCAUCCAGUUAGGAAUUUAGAUUGCAUAGUUUGUCAAUUAAGUAAAAUCUGUUGUCUAUUGAUUUAUCUAUGUAUGUAAAUAUACAAAUGUUUCCUAGGAAAAUUAUCUAAGUGUAAUAUGAUUUAAGAAUGAUAUUGUGUAAGUUUUUCUAGACGUAAGGUGCUUUGUUAAACAUUUUCUCUAAAAUGCUGACUUUCUUGCAUGUAAAAUAAUAUUACUCAAUAUGGAAAUAACAUUUACUGCCCAGUACUAGAAAUUGCUAUUGUUAUACUAUCAGUCCUCUCUUCAAUAAUUAAGUCUUCUAAAGAUACAGUAUAAUGCAUGUUUAAUGCCCUGGCUAAAUAUAAAUAAUGUAUUCCCAUAAAUUAUGUACACUUUA